GAGCAGGAGCAUCAGCAGAGACCUGCAAGGAGCACAUCCCCAGGUACAUCAGCCGUCUGCCUGCUGCAGAGAUGGUGCAAGCAACUCCCUUCCUCCUCGUGCUCUUCCUGGCCCUGGGAGCUCACGGCCUCUCUGUGAAAAAGUGCUCCCUGAUCGGGGACUGGGUCAACGACCUGGGCUCCAACAUGACCAUCACGAGCAUGAAUGCAAAGGGUGUCUUCACUGGCAUCUACCACACGGCUGUGACAGCCACCUCGAACAAGAUCGAGAAGUCACCACUGCAGGGGGCCAUGCAGAAGAGCCCUAACCAGAAAGGCCAGCCCACCUUCGGCUUCACUGUCAACUGGAGCUUUUCAGACUCCAUCACCGUUUUCACGGGCCAGUGCUUUGUGGGUGACAAUGGAAAGGAGGUUUUGAAGACCAUGUGGCUGCUGAGAUCACAUGUGGACAACAUCAAAAAUGACUGGAAAGCCACCAGGGUCGGCGUCAAUGUCUUCAACCGCCAGCAGUUACAGGAGUGAGGGUGGCAGCGGGGGGGUUCCCGGGCUGGUGGCAGAGCCAGGGGUGUGGCCCUGCUCCUUCCCCAACCAACUGCUUCUCCCAAUAAAGCUUUGCUGCAAAUA